AUGGAUGAGAGGUUAAUACAGAGGUUGGAGUCCGCCAUAGCCAGGCUAGAAUCGAUCUCCCUCGGUUCUCAACCACAAGCCGUUGCAUUUGACGCCGCAUCAGUCUCAUCGGAACCAUCAAUCGUCGCAUUUGAAGAUCUGGUGGCUGAAUAUGUCGGUAAGGUCACCGAUGCUGCGGGGAAGAUUGGCGGACAAGUUCAGGAUAUUACGAAUGUUGUCAGUGAAGCUUUCUCUGCUGAGAAGGAGCUACUCAUGAGGAUCAAACAAACGCAGAAACCUGAUGCGAGAGGAAUGGCAGAAUUUCUCAGGCCAUUAAACGAAAAGCUAACUGAAGCAAAUAGCAUGUCAGAAGGACGGCGUUCUGAUUUCUUCAACCACUUAAGAGCUGCUUCUGAGAGUCUAACAGCUUUAGCAUGGAUUGCAUAUACGGGGAAAAAUUGCGGAAUGAGCAUGCCUAUUGGACAUGUGGAAGAAUGUUGGCAGUCAGCUGAAUUUUACAGCAACAAGGUUCUUAUAGAAUACAGAAAUAAAGAUCCAGAUCACGUGGAAUGGGUAAAAGCUCUUAAGGAACUUUAUGUACCGGGGUUAAGGGAUUUCGUGAAGACUCAUUAUCCUUUGGGACCUGUAUGGAGUGCGACAGGGGCCACGGUAGCCACGUCUUCUAAACCAGGGGCUCCUGCUCCUCCAGGGCCUCCACCAGCAUCACUGUCGAGCUCAGGAUCUUCUACAUCAUCUUCAUCCCAACCAAAGAAAGGAAUGGCCGCUGUUUUUCAGGAAAUUAGUUCAAAGCCAGUUACUGCUGGAUUAAGAAAAGUUACAGAUGAUAUGAAGACCAAAAACCGUGCAGAUAGAGCCGGGUUUGUUAGUAGUGGUGAAAAACAAGUCCGCAAGAGUGCACCAGCUGCUGCUAAAGUGGGACCUCCAAAGCUUGAGCUUGUAAUGGGUCGCAAAUGGGUUGUUGAGAAUCAAAUUGGCUCGAAGGAUCUGGUGAUUGAUGAGUGUGAUCCAAGGCAGACAGUAUAUAUUUUUGGAUGCAAAGAUUCAGUUCUACAGAUCCAUGGGAAAGUUAACAACAUAACCGUUGACAAAUGCACAAAAAUGGGUGUUGUAUUCAUGGAUGUUGUUGCUGCCUUUGAAAUUGUCAAUUGUAGCAGCGUUGAGGUGCAAUGCCAGGGUGUGGCCCCUACUAUUUCAAUAGACAACACGGCAGGAUGCCAAUUAUACUUGAGCCAAUAUUCUCUCGAGUCUUCUAUAACAACCGCCAAGGCAAGUGAAGUCAACGUGAUGGUACCUGGCGAUGAUCCUGCUGCUGAUCUGGUGGAACAUGCUUUGCCACAGCAGUACAUACACACUUACAAGGAUGGCCAAUUCCUUACCACCCCAGUCUCCCACUCUGGAGGCUAA